UACCAGAGUGAAACCAUGACUUCAAAACCUUUAAACCAUGUCUUACACCCUUAUAUAAACUACACUAACCUUCGUUCACUUAUCCUCAUCUCUAUUGUCUUCCUUCUCAGAUCUCUCGAACACAAACUAGAACUCGUUCCAAUGGCGUCAAACCUAGACAAAGGCCUCAUCGUGAGCUUCGGCGAGAUGCUCAUUGACUUCGUCCCCACGCAAUCCGGCGUUUCCCUCGCUGAGUCCACCGGAUUCCUCAAAGCUCCAGGCGGUGCUCCCGCCAACGUCGCCAUUGCAGUCACGCGUCUCGGUGGUCGAGCAGCUUUCGUUGGAAAGCUCGGUGAUGAUGAGUUCGGACAUAUGCUUGCCGGAAUCUUGAGGGAGAACGGUGUUGAAGACAAGGGGAUCAACUUCGACAAGGGAGCUAGAACCGCACUCGCUUUCGUCACGUUGCGUUCAGACGGGGACAGAGAGUUUAUGUUUUACCGUAACCCGAGCGCCGACAUGCUUCUCCGACCAGAUGAACUCAACCUCGAACUAAUCAGAUCGGCCAAAGUGUUUCACUAUGGAUCAAUAAGUUUGAUAACGGAGCCAUGCAGGUCGGCUCACUUGAAAGCAAUGGAAGUGGCGAAAGAAGCUGGAGCUCUUCUUUCCUACGACCCUAACCUAAGGGAACCUCUUUGGUCAUCCCCUGAAGAAGCUAGGACACAGAUCAUGAGCAUCUGGGACAAGGCUGAGAUCAUCAAGGUCAGCGACGUCGAGCUAGAGUUCCUUACCCAAAACAAAACGAUCGAUGAUGAGUCAGCGAUGUCUCUGUGGCAUCCGAAUCUGAAGCUCUUGCUUGUUACCCUCGGUGAAAAGGGGUGUCGUUACUACACUAAGGGUUUCCAUGGAUCCGUUGAGGCUUUUGAUGUGAACGCGGUGGAUACUACCGGAGCUGGAGAUUCAUUCAUCGGCGCGUUUCUAAGCCAGAUUGUUGAUGAUCAGACUGUACUCGAGGAGGAAGAGAGGUUGAGAAAAGUGCUGAGGUUCGCAAACGCUUGUGGAGCCAUCACGACGACCAAGAAGGGAGCCAUUCCAGCUCUUCCUUCAGAGUGUGAUGCUCUCUCUCUUCUUAAAGACAAAUAGAGAGACCUAGUAACAACAACCUUUUAAAUUUACAAAUGUGCGCUUUGUCUUGCUGAUGAUUUUUGUUUGAAAUAAUAAGGAUCCUAAUGUUGUUAUCUUUUCUAUUUAUAUCUUUCUGAGCAUCUCUUGCUAGUAAUAAAAAAAAUCAGAGUUUUUUUUUUAUAUUUUUGAGUGGAAAUCUUUGAUACAAAAAGACACCUACAAUAGUAAAAUUGACCUAAAAGGACACCUUCCGUGUUGGAGACGUCACUCUGUUUAAGA